CGGCGGAAUUUUUCAGCCGGUGGCGGCUAGAAUCUAUCAUGCGAUCGACCCCCCGACGGAGAGAGAUCAAAAAGGGGCAGAUCAAAGAGGGGCGGCAGGUGAUACAGUUCGCAGAAAGGGGCGGCAGGUGAUAGAGUUCGCAGAGAGGGGCGGCGUGUCGUUCUAGCUGUAGUGAGUGUAGUGCGAGUGCGCUGAGGAUUCGAAGCGAGGCGCGCUGAGGGUUCCACCAAGCCGGAAGCGCCGAGGGUUCGAAGCCAGAUCCAGUCAAAGAGACGGUAAUAGCGAAGGCGUCGAAGGCGUCCCGUGGCAAACGAGGCUGUCAAGCUACGCCAUCGCUGCGGGCAGGACUACAGCCCCAGCAAAGCAGCUGCUGUGGAGCCCGCUGAGCGAAGAAGACGAAGGUGGAAGCGAGGACGAUGGCGCGCAGUGGCGUUCGGUCGUUCCCUUCAUUGACAGCGGCUUCGGCGUCGGCGGCGUCGGCGGCGGCGGCUGCUUUUCUCUUGCUGUCCAUGAUCCAUGUGAGCGUUAGCGGAGAAACGGCUACUUUGCCAUGGCCGGAGUACGUUCAGAUCGACUCGGUCUCGUACGCGGGAUCCGGAUGUCCACCUGGCAGCUCCGAGUAUGUCCUCUCCUCCAACAUGUCGACGCUGACACUGAUCUUCAGCAACUUCACUGCGAGCACGGACGGAGGCAUCCAGGAGCGCCGGAAGAACUGCCAGCUGUCAGUCGGGCUGACAUUUCCCCUUGGCUGGUCAUACAGCGUGGGGAACAUUACCAGUAGGGGGUUCGCCGCCCUUGAUGCUGGAGUCAGGGGUCUUCAUCGCACAAGCUUCUAUUAUUCUGGCAUGCCAGGAACCGCGCAUGCGACUCUCAACAUGACGGGCCCAUUUGAUGGCAAUUACGAGGUCACCGACACACUGGACGCUGUGAUGUACAGCCCGUGCGGCACGUUUCGAAAUCUCAACCUCAACACCGAAGUCCGCGUUGACGACGGAGUGAGCAACGGUCAGGGCAUCAUGACCGUCGAUUCCACGGAUCUACGCUUCAGGCUCAUAUUCACCAUCAUGUGGAAGAAGUGCGAUUGAGUCCGUCCCAAGAUCAAGUCACCCCCCCCUCCGCCCUCAUCGGCAAGCUCAUCGGCGCUGCUUGGCGGCACUCAUCAAUCUGCUUUUAACUCCUUCAUCGACUUGCUUGUUCUUCUUCGUCCAGCUGCUUGAUCUCCUUCAUCGAGCUGCUUGUCCGCGCUAUCAGUCUUUUUUUUUAUUUUUUUUUAUUAUUAUUAUUAUCAGUCUGUUCUCGAAAGUGUUGCAUUUGUUCGAUUUUGUUCGUGGAGGAUGGAAAAGCGAUAGCCGGUUGCUUCGACCAUCGCGAGGGAUCGGAUUUGCGUAGUGGCUUCUUCUCUCAGUUCCACUGCGUAGUCGAGAUUUCCCUUGUGGGUAAAGGUUUUCACUGAGAUUGUAAUGCUCGUUCGCUAAGCGGGCCGCUUUGGUAGAUAAGAUCGGAAUAGGAGGGAGUAGGGGCGACUCGGGGCGAGUAGAGAGAAAGAGGCCGUCAGGAGCCGGGGAACUUCGAGUCCAUGGAAAUUAUAGAUCAAGCCACGAGUGUGCCGAGACGGAUCAUCAUUGGUGAGUCGUCCACUGUCGUCGAGUGGACAGACUACAGGCAGGCGCCAUCGGAUCGAAGGAGAGUCUGCUUAGAAUGAUGCUUCUUCUUGUAGCUGCAGUGCCCGCUAAAUAAGCUCCAUCUUCAGUGCUGAAGUAAAGGCAGGACUUCAGUGGAGAAUGUUUCCUUCCCGUAAACCCCGGUUAUUGUCGUUCUGACGUUUACGCCGGAGAACAUGUGCAAUUUUUUUCCUCUCCCACAUCGUUUCUAAUGUACGUCAUCAAGCCGCGUCA